AUGAACGAAGAAAAUGUUUCGAAUUUUCAGUUCCCAGAUUUGGCAAUUUCAAGAAUUGCAAAAUCAGUAGUAAGCAGCAAUUCUCGUAUAUCGAAAGAUGCAUGCAAAACAAUCAAUAGAUGUGCUACAUUAUUUUCAGUUUAUUUAGCGUCUCUAUCAAGUUUCUCAAAAGAUGGGAAAAAAUCAAUAGUACGGGACCAUAAUGUAAAAUCUGCUCUGAAAUUUAUAUACUCUAAUGAUAAUACAUCCACAUGA